AUGGCAGCCAUUGUUCGUCUUGGAUUUUUCUUAUCGUUCUUCCUUCUUUUCCUAGCCCUCCUUACUCUAUCCCGUAAUCUCAUGUACAUGUACCAGUUGACUGCAGCCCCAGCUGGGUUCUCGACUCUCAAAAACUUCCAAGGUUCUAAAAAGGGUGAUAACAUCAAAGGACUCUAUCAAGUCAAGAAAUAUCUAAAUGAUUUCGGUUAUCUCCCUACUAUUGAUCAUAACAAAGAUGAUGAAUUCGAUGACGAAUUAGAGAACGCGAUCAUAACUUAUCAACUCAGAUACAACCUCGAGCCUACUGGAGUUCUAGAUUUUGGUACGGUGUCAAAAAUGAUGGCUCCUCGUUGUGGGGUACCGGGCAUCUUCAAUGGCACUAACACGCUGAACAAAAUUUGGAAUUUUAAUCGAUCCUGA